UCUCGACUGAGGAAUAAAACCAGGUAGGCGAGAUGCCAGCAGUUGCCAACGCCGCCUUCCACAGCAGGUUUGCUUGUAGCUCUUGAUUGCUGGGUGGGUCGCGCCUGAGAGUCAAAUGGUGCUCACCGCUAGUGGGAUCAAACACUGGCGUCUGCUGCGUCUGAGUGCGACGAUGUUGACCCUGAGAGCCUGGCAUUAACUAAUUGACGAGAUUUUCUUCUGCGGAAAUGCGCGGUGCGCAACACGACGACGAAAAUAUAUACGAAAUGGUGGAGGCCAAAGCGGGAAAGCCGUGCCUGCGGCACGAGGACAUUGAGUCGGCGCAAACAACCAUCGGCUCGGCGCAUUCGUCGGCAAAAUACAACACGGCGCCAGCAAGUUACUUCAACAAAAUCAAGAUGAGCUUCCGAGAAAAGAUGCAUGGAAUACGAGUUGAUAGUCAAUAUGACGUGGUGCAAAAGCUCAACGAUGAGCUCUGUCCAGUUGACUUUUCGGAUAGCUAUGAAGACUUGGAUGAAAAACUCGCAUCAAAAAUCGGACGUGAGGUUGCGAGAAACUCGAUCCUGGAGAUGAUGAGAGAUUUGCGUGGAGACAUUCGAAUUUUGAUUGAGAUUGAGGAAAACAACAAUUUGCCGAUCGACCUCAACGGCCUAAACUGCAAAGAACGUCAGGUCCUUCUGCUGUGGGCAGCUUUCCUGAAGCGCAGGGAUAUUUUGGAAAAGCUGUUGGCGAGGAGCGACUGCGAGCUCAAGACGAGCACCCCUGACCUGGGUCUCAACGCCCUGCACCUGGCUGCGUUCAGCGGCUGCCACGAGUGCGCCCUCCUGCUGCUCAACUCCGGCGCCAAAAUGACGCACAAAGCCGAUUAUUCGCCUCUGCACUGCGCCGCCCAGAGUGGCUCCAUUAACUGCGUGAAGCUCUUACUCGCGAUGGGUGCCAAUGUCAACUCCAGGUCGGAGGACAUCACCAACAAAGAACCUCAAGACACAGCCCUCCAUUGCGCCAUCAAGGCCGACUCGCCAGAAAUCGUUCGGGAGCUGCUGAAAGCGGGCGCCAUUCCUUCAACCCUUGGCCAGGGUUAUCUCGCCCCUCUCCACGUGGCCGCCGACCUUGGAUACAUGGGCUGCAUGAGGGCGAUUUUGGACUUUGGAAAGUGCGGUGGAGGAAUCGUGGACAUAAACCAGCAGACCAAGGAUGGCAGGGGAUACACGGCCAUCCACCUGGUGGCCGAAGACCAGUUUGCCGACGGUAUUCGUCUGCUCCAAGAGUAUGGCGCCGACUGCAAGAUCAAAACCACCAAAGGGCUGACUGCCCUCCACCUGGCGUGCAGGGAGCAGUCGGUCGAGUGUGCCAAGUUGCUUUUGACGAGUUGCGACAUCAACAGCGAGGACAACGAAAGUCGCACGCCUUUGCACAUGGCUCUGGGCAGGGCUGAUUCCGCGGAAAUCACAGAAUUUCUGGUCAGCAACCCCGGAAUCAAGGUCAAUGCCACCGACAAGGCUGGAUUUACUCCUCUGCACAUCGCAGCACUUAACGAACAAGUAGUAGCGGCGGCUAUUUUAAUAAGGGCGGGAGCCGACUUGACGGCCCGCACGGCCAAGGGCUCCACGGCCUUGCGAAUGGUCAUCAGAAAAGUUCCAACAGCCUUGUACGCGGUGGAGCAGGUCAUGGACGAGUCGAUCUCUUUGACCAACAAUAUGGACUCAAGGGACGUAGAAAUUAAAAUGGACUUUAAACCUCUACUCGCUUCGAAGAAGAGAAUCACCACGGAUUUGUUGAACACCUUCAUCGCCGAAGGCCACCCCGAGCUGAUGCAGCACCCCCUUUGCCAGGCAUUUCUGCACAUCAAGUGGCAGGAGGUCCGGAUCUUCUAUUACCUCCGACUAUUAUACUACAUCUUGUACCUCAGCUGCAUAUCAAUUUUUGUCUCCUACUUUCUGCCCACUGGCUGCGAAGGAGCUAUAAAAGAAUACAAAAUGAACAAUACGAUUUCGGAACCGAGCUCUGAUAAGUGCAAAAUCAAUAAUAUAUUUGUGGGAUUCCUGUACUACAUUUACAUUGGGACCAUUUGGUUUACGCUUCUAGAGUUGAUAAGAAAACUGUGGGGUCUGAUUGCCUUCAUCGCUGCACCGACUACCGUCUCCAUCCAAAAAUCCUUGGCAAUCUACUCUAUUCAAAUUGACAACUGGCUCGAGUGGACUUGUUUGGCUUGUAUGGCGUUGGUGUCUGCAUCUGAUAAUAGACAAUCCUUUCAUGUCUACAUCGGAGCGAUUGCGGUGCUCGCCGGCUGGAGCAACUUGAUGGUCCUUGUCGGCCAAUUGCCUUUUUUCGGUGCCUACGUGCAAAUGUACACCUGCGUGCUAAUUGAAAUGGUGAAAUUGUUGAUGGCCUACGUGUGCAUGCUGCUGGGUUUCGCCAUCAGCUUCCACGUCAUGUUCAACUCGGAAGACAGUUUCUCCUCAUUUGGAAAGACGAUUGUAAAAAUUCUGGUCAUGAUGACUGGCGAACUAGAGUUUAAUGACUUGUUUAAAGAGGAAGAGAAAAAUAUAACUGCGCCCAGCACAACUGUUGAAUCACGAAAUGUUCCAGAAACACCACCCCUCAGUAAGUUCAGUUUAAGGCUGUUCCACGAGAAUGCGUUGAACGAACUAGCUAAGAGAUCAAAUGUAAAAACUAGCAUGGAGAACACCGCCGACGUAGAAGUUUUUGCAUACAUAAUUUUCGCAGUCUUCCUGCUGCUUGUGACGGUCGUGCUGAUGAACCUGCUGGUAGGUAUCGCCGUCCAUGACAUCUCUGGUCUUCGAACCUCAGCCGUCAUCACAAGACUGCAACAACAAGCUGAUUUAAUUGGUUACAUCGAGACAGCCCUUCCCAAUUGGUGCACUUUACGGUGCUUGCUGUGUUGCUGCCUUCCAUUUCUUGGAAGGACCAGAUCAACAACUAGAAGGAGGCGCAGGACGGAAAUGGGCGUCCUCAGUGUGAAACCGCACCACUGGAACAUGGACAGUCUGCCAAGAGAAAUCGUCAGCGCCGCUUUCGAGGUGGCCAAGAAGAUGAACCCCUAUCAAGGUCAAGCUAAAAGAAACACAAAACCCAAGCCCAGAUACAAAAGAAUUUACAGCAAGCAGCACAGCGGCUCAAUCUACGAUACAAUAAUUCCAAGAGCAACAAAUUUGUCACGCAGGGGCAGUCAGUACCUUAAUAUUGAUAAACGACUGGAAAAUUUUGACAGCCAGUCUGUCUAUAGUGCCAACUUUGACAGGUCAGUGACCGAUGAUAUUAGAGAGCUUAAGGAAGCUCUUGCUGAGCAAUCUGCUCUACUGCAGAAGCUACUUGAAGCCAACAGGAUUGGAUCGCAAAAUACUCUAAAACCUUUAGGAUAUACCCCCAACCACUACUGUGACGAUCGAGAAUAGAAAUUGGUGCAUAUUAAUUUUUCCUACUAAUAAUUUCGCUGACUAAGUUGCCAUGUACAAAUUUUCUUCUGUUGGAAUUUAAAAUGCUCACAACUAAUAAAAGCUAAUAAAAUGCAUUAGAGAAAAAA